AUGCCGAACUACACAAAAUUCAUAAAGGAUAUAAUGUCAAGGAAGCGGAAAUUGGAGGACUAUGAGACAGUUAAACUCACGGAGGAGUGUAGUGCAAUCCUCCAACGGAAGCUACUGCAAAAGCUUAAGGAUCUCGGCAGUUUCACCAUCCCAUGUACAAUUGGGGGGUCAACUUUUGAGAGAGCUCUUUGUGACCUAGGGGCGAGCAUAAACCUCAUGCCUCUAUCGGUUUUCCGGAAACUAGGGCUUGGAGAGGUCACCCCGACUACUAUCUCACUGCAAAUGGUGGAUAGGUCCCUUACCUAUCCAAGGGGAAUCAUUGAGGAUGUUUUGGUGAAAGUUGACAAGUUCAUUUUCCCGGUUGAUUUUAUUGUGUUAGAUAUAGAGGAGGAUAAGGAGAUUCUCAUGAUUCUUGGGAGACCUUUUCUAGCUACCGGAAUGGCCUUAAUUGAUGUGCAUAGUGGGAAUUUGACUUUGAGGGUCAAUGAGGAAGAAGUCAACUUCAACAUCUUUAAUUCAUUUAAGUUUACAAUGCUUCCCCUACUUAUUAUGAGUAUCAUUGCUAUGAAGUGGCAAUGA